UCAUGUGCGUAUUUUCCGGGGCGCGCCCGUUCGCCGCGAGGCGCUGCGGCGUUUUGAAACCUGUCCCGACGGUUAGAGGGGGGACAAGCGCCCCGAAAACAGAGCCGGUCCCUACGGGCUCCGUCCGCUUCAUUUCACAGAAACCUGUCGGUUUCGGUUCAGCCGGAAGCGAUGGCGGGUGACUGUGUGAAACUGGCCCUCCGGGUCGUUCUGCUAGUGUCUGUCGGAUUAUCGCCCAUUCCAGCUCACUGUCCCCCAGGCUGGCUGUACUACAAGGACUCGGGCUGCUUCCUGAUCUCUCCUGACCCCUCCACCAUGUUUGAGAGCAGAUCUGCCUGUCGGGCUGCUGGAGCUGACCUGGUGGUCAUUAGAGACCGAGACAAACACGAGUUUCUCAGUACCCGAGUCUACUGCUCCGACUGCUCCUAUUGGAUUGGACUGUUUUCUCCCUCUGGAGAUCCCCAGCUUGUCUGGGUUGAUGGCUCCCAGUUUGCAGAGGAUGAGCCCAGUUUCUUCACAGACGUGGAUGAGCAGCACUACUGUGUGGUGAUGGAGCAGAGAGCAGGGUUGGUCUGGAAGAAGGAGGCGUGUGAUGCCCUCCAGGGAUACGUGUGCGAGAUGCCCAACACAGGCUACCACUGUCCUGAGGGGUGGGACCCCUGGCAUGGGAGCUGUUAUCUCCUGCAGACCAGUACUCCCCUGCCUUGGACAGGAGCCCUGGACAUGUGCAGGGCCUACAGGGGAGCUGACCUCCUCUAUCUGAACAGCACAGAGGAGAAGGCCUGGCUGGGGUCAAAGGUCAGUGACUCUUUCUGGACCGGACUGAACGACAUUGAGACCGAGUCACGGUUCUUCUGGACUGCUGGAAACUCCCUCCACCCAUCACUGGCUGCAGAUUUCCAUGAAGACAGGGUGUCUGGGGGGCCCAGGGACUGCGUGAGUCUGGACACGCUGACGGGCAUCUUGACAGACACGGACUGCAGGCUGCACAGGCCCUACAUCUGCAAACGCAAUGAGUCUGCAGAGUGGUUUGAAGAAGUGUCCGGCCAAGGGUUAGAGGGUGCUGUUGUAGAUGCCUUUGUGAACACGGAAGAGCUGGCCCAGGCCGAAGAACGGUGUCUGGGGGACAGGCAGGCCUGCGCUGCCAUCCUGCUGCAGGACUCGCGCUACUAUCUGCUGCCCCCUAGUGUCAGGACCGUACACAACCCCAGCACCACCGUCUACUUCAGAACAGGCUGUGUUCUUCGUUUCCAGAGUGCUCUGCGGGCUACAGUGGGGCGCAGUGCUCGGUGUUCACCGAGCCUGUUCAGUGCGACUGUAAGCCGGGGUUCAUCACCACCGCUCAGAAAGCGUGUGGAGUCCCUGUGUCGUUAUGUGACUCCUCAGCUGGUUGUCUGCCUGCGUGCCCAGCAAGAGGAAGCUGGCGAAAUUUGGAACAGACAGAACGCAGGACCGCUGUCUACUUUGAUCAUGUCCCACCGGCCAUUAAUACUGCUGCAGCAGCAGGAGUCAGUGAGGCCACGCGCCUGGACUGGGUCAGACACUUCAAGCAUCAAAUGUUCCUGCCCGGCACCCAACAGCACCCGCUACCUCUCCCAGAAUGAGCCUGCUGUGCGCGCAGCCCAGACCGAUCUCCUGGCAUUUUGCUCGAGCGCCACCCUAGUUCUGGCUGUGCUAGUGUGUGGCCUUGGUUACAGUAAAGGCAGGUGGCACUUCCUGUAUGGCUAUUACCUGCUAAGAGCCCGGAUUAAGGAGACCCAACUCCGGAGGUCAGGACCUAAAACUUACAAGUACGAUGCCUUUGUGUCCUACAGCUCCCAGGAUGAGGACUGGGUGUUUAACCAGCUGGUGCCCAAUCUGGAAGGGGGUGGAGGCGCCGGGGGGGAGGGGCCACCAACUGUGCCUCCAUCACCGCGGCUUCCAGGUGGGCAAGACCAUUGUGAGCAGCAUCGUGGAGGCGGUCUACACCAGCUGCAAGAUGCUGUGCGUGGUGACGCCACACUACCUGCACAGCGAGUGGUGCUCCAUGGAAGUGCACGUACGAGCAGCUGCCUUCUCCUCCUCCCCCUCCCUGGAGACGCACAAUGAGCAGUCACCCACGACUUUGUACAGCCCCGCAAACUGCUUGGAGUUCUGAAUUCAGUUCCCACUUCAUUUUCUCCUGUGCAGCAAG